UCGAGGCCGCAGCGGCCGCAGGCCGGGAGGGGCGGCGGCAGCGGCGGCGGCCGCGGGGGAGGGGCACGGCGUCAGCGCGUCGCCGGCUGGGCCGCGCCGGUGGCCAGGAGGGAGAGACAAGGAGGAGGAGGAGGAGGAGAUUAUGUGUACCCCGAGUGUUGAAACUGAAUCUGUGCUCUUCCUGGUGGUGUUCUCAGCACUCAGUACAGUGCCUGGCAAAUAGCAGGUGACACUGAUGAUAAAAAUCCGUUCAAGAAUUUAGAUGUGACAUCUGCAGCAGGUUCAGAUCUCUCAGCUGUAAGACAAACUGGAUACUUCGUAAAGAUUUUCAUCUGUUAUGCACAGAGCCAAAAUCCGUUACUGAAAUUGUCUGGGUUGUGCUUUAAGAAGACUAUAGGGAAGAACACAUUUUCUUCUUGCCACAAAAGUUGCAAUAGAAAAUCUGUGAAGUCUUAAAAGGACCGAUGAGUAUUCUCAUCAUUGAAGCGUUCUAUGGAGGGUCCCAUAAACAGCUGGUGGAUCUGCUCCAAGAAGAGUUAGAAGACUGUGUCCUUUAUUCCCUUCCUGCAAAGAAAUGGCAUUGGAGAGCACGCACAUCGGCUUUAUACUUCUCCCAGAAUAUUCCCAUCAGUGAACAGUACAGGAUCCUCUUUGCAAGCUCAGUGCUGAACCUGACUGAGCUGACUGCCCUUCGGCCUGACCUUGGGAAGUUGAAAAAGAUUCUGUACUUCCAUGAGAACCAAUUGGUAUAUCCUGUCAAGAAAUGUCAGGAGAGGGAUUUUCAGUAUGGAUACAACCAAAUUCUCUCAUGCCUGGUGGCUGAUGUGGUGGUAUUCAACUCGGUUUUUAACAUGGAGUCAUUUCUCACCUCUAUUGGAAAAUUUAUGAAGCUGAUUCCUGAUCACAGACCCAAGGAUCUGGAAAGCAUCAUCAGACCCAAGUGCCAAGUUAUUUACUUUCCCAUCAGGUUUCCUGAUGUGAGCAGGACCUUUUCUCUUCUCAUUAACACCUCCACCAGAGUUGGAGCUGGGGAAGAGAAAGGGAAUGUUCAGACAUGUGCCUAUUUGCAUACUCACUCUCUUGAGUUAAUGCCAGGACGGCAGCACAUUCUGUCCAGUUCAAUAGAAAAGCCAGUUUCACCGCAUCGAUUCAUGCCCAAGCACAAAACAACCCAUCUACAGAAGAUUCUCAACCUUAAAGGAAAUGGUGGUGCUGCUCCAUCGAUGGCCCCUGCUUUCCACCAGGAGAAGAAAGGUUCUGAGAAUCUACUGAAGAAUUUUAAUUCAGAGUCUGGACCCUGUAAUGCUGCACAACAAGAAAACCUGGGUAGCUCAUUAACGCAGGAGCCAGACUUGAGAAUGUGCCACUCAUCAGAUAAUUCGAGCUCUCUUCAUGAGGAAGAUAAACAAAAUACGACUUCUAGUCCCUGUGACAUUUUCGGUGGAAUUGACGAUCCACAAAGACCACUGCACAUUGUGUGGCCUCACAGGUGGGAACAUGAUAAAGAUCCAGAGAGUUUUUUUAAGGUAUUAAUGCACCUUAAGGACUUAGGACUCAAUUUCCAUGUGUCUGUCCUUGGAGAAACCUUCACAGAUGUCCCAGAUGUAUUUUCAGAGUCCAAAAAGGCAUUGGGAUCGUCUGUCAUACACUGGGGCUACUUACCCAGCAAAGAUGACUAUUUCCAAGUACUGUGCACGGCUGAUGUUGUCAUCUCAACAGCUAAGCAUGAAUUCUUUGGAGUGGCGAUGUUGGAAGCUGUGUAUUGUGGUUGCUACCCACUUUGUCCCAAAGAUUUGGUUUAUCCUGAGAUAUUUCCAGCUGAAUAUCUGUAUUCUACACCUGAACAGCUUUCAAAAAGGCUCCAGAAUUUCUGCAAGAGACCAGAUAUUGUAAGAAAACAUCUUUAUAAGGGCUGCUGAUCACCAUUUCUCACUAAUUCCUGUAACAUUACAAACUCAAGAUGGAAAACCAUAGUUCUGGAAACUCCCUUUUGAAAGGUAAUGGGAGGAAGAAAAAGGAUGAUGUUACAUGAGCCAGUCCUCGCAUCUUGGAAAAUUCAGAGCCGUGUGGUAGAGCACAGAGCUGUCUGAGCUCCUAGCCACAGUACCUAUCUCCCAUACUGGCACCUGUUCCCUUUCCUCUUGAAGACAGGGUGAAUUGUGGACUCUGUCCUUCAUUGCGAUCCAUGGGAGGGAGUUCUCUCUCAUGUCUUUGGAAUUCCUAGCUGUACUUGAGGUAUGUAUGACUUCAGGGACCAGGAUCCUCUCUCACCCUACUGGGCCCAUUUCCCCUCAGUGGAAUGUGAGGUCAGUGUCUUCAGGGACCCUCCCAUUAUCAUUACCCAAGUGAUGAUGCCUUCUUCUCCCUUGCAACUCUAUGGUUAUGAGUUUCAACCCUAAGACAGGUUCAUAAUUGUUCUCACAAAUGAAUAUGAGGAAUUGCUUCUCCUUGGGAGAUACUCCAAGAUGCUUGUUACUCUCCUAACAGUUACUGCAUUUUUAAAUAGCUGACCUAAGGUGGUGUGCUAGAAGGGACUUCUGGGAAUACUUGAGCGAUAUGUUUCUCUUAGGAAUUUGAAGUCCUUUAUAUUUCACAAUUUAAGAUUUCCGUGAUCACCUCACAAAUGAGAAAAUUAAGGGGUCGUCUAAAGGCAUAUUUAGGAACCAGACUAUGUUGUAGAAACAGAGACUUUUUGUAUAAGCCUUCCCCUCCAUGGGAUGGUGUCAUUGUCACCGAUGUGUCUUUCAGGAAGCACCAAGGUCAGUGUGCAUGACUAUUGGACCCCUAGGCAAGAGAGUGCAGGGGGUAGCAGGGAGCUGCUUUGUGGCCUAGGUUGUUGGUCUUGAAAGAGGCAGGAGAGACCAUGCAGUGAAGCCAAUGUUGUGUCUUUAUUGUUACUAUUACUGCACCUGCCGGGAGGCAUUCAGCCUCCACAUCCAUCAUAGGACCCACCAUGCCCUGUGGUCUUUACAUGCGGCUUUAUGCAUAUAGGUACCUUCCCUGGCCCUCCUGGUAAGCAUUUGCUUUUGAAACCUUUGGAGAAACUGAGGGCCUAAAGAGAAGCCCAGUUGCCGUGGGUCCCCUGGUAGUAGAGGCAGGUGUAGAAACAGCUUCUUGCAGAAGGCCACGGUCAAUUCAAUUGGUGGAGACCACCCUUGAGGGAAAGGGGCAAAUCUCUCUCUCUCUCUUUUCCUCCCCUCCUUCUUCCUUCUGCUUCUUCUACUGGCAGAAGGAACAUGGGUCGAUAAGUUGCCAGUACCUUUCCGUAGAUUUAUUUCAUGUUACUCCUGGCCACAUUUGUAUUCUAAGUGACCAUAGAGGGAGGAAUGUAUAAGAAUUGAUACCUGGCACUAAAAUUUCAGACUCUCUGGCACCUGCAGUACUUCUGGACAGCUGAGCCUUCUCUGUUGCCUUUCACCUCAUACCAUGAUGAAGUUGCUUAUCCACAUAGAUGGGAGGCUGGCCCUUUAUCCAGAAGCAGCCCCCACGAUCUCACCUGGUGCACAGAGGGUCUAGGAUACAGGGGGCAGGUGGCAUUGGCGGCAGAGGCACCUUUAAUUGUGCAGGAUAGGGACUGCUUCCUCUCAUCCCCAAAAGAUAACCCAGAAAUUAUAUCCUGAAACUUAUUUCCCCAGAAAGAAAAGGAAGGGGAGGGAUAACUUAAAAAGAAGAUACUUCUAAUAUGGUAUUAGACUGUAAUUCAUAGGGAAAUUUAUGCCUGAGAUAUGAAUUUCUGAAAAUAGGGUUUUUUUUAAAAAAGGAGAAACACUGACACAUCCUUAAUUAUAGAGUAAUAAAUACCAAUGGUAUAUUAUCUUCUGAUAUUUCCUUACACAGAUAUCAAAGCAUGCAGCUGUUUUUGAAAACUGAUAAUCAAGUACAAUGUAAGUAUAUUACAUCUUGUACUUACAACACACCCUUCAACUAAGCAACCUCAUGGAGUACUUCACAGUGAGAACCAGAGCCGCUCAUAGUAGAAGCCUAACUGAACAAAUUAGCCUUGAAUUGUAACUUAAGAAUCGUAGUCAAACCGAAAUGCCUGUCCUUGCCAGGAAAGGCAUUCCAAAGGAAAAGAGCAUGCCAAGUAAAAAGCCUUUGCCUCAGGAUUAUGGAGGCAGUUCUCAAAAGCCAGCGUAACUUAAUGAUCAAUCAGAAAAAUAUAGAGCAGUAACUACACAACAAGAAAGAUAUGUAAAAAUUGUACAAAGCGUUAACAGUGAAUGGGGAGGUAGAGUGGGAUUUUAACAGAAAGUAUUACACUCUUAGAAAGCUCUAUUUAUUGCUUUUAAUCCAGGCAGCAAAAGAAAGACCAACAUGGUCAAAGAAAAGUAUGUGGACAAAUGUGGGGGGCAGGAAAGGAAAUGAAGGUCAAACAAGGCCAAUAUGAUUCAGAAUGAAAAGGAGGGAGGAAAGUAUAAGGAGCCAGCUGCAAUUACUAAAUGUUACAUUAAGAAGAGCUGAAAUUGAGAGGGGGAGGUAUGGGUAUUUUACUAAGUGGAUUAAUGUCCUCUUCUUGGGGUGUCUGAAGUUGCAGCUUUUAAUUUAUUUGGUGCAGGGUUUUCUUGUGAAAUUCUUAAGGGGGUGGAGGGAUAAGUAGGGACAAUUAUAAACAGAAGGUAGAAAAGGGGAACAUACCAUACUUUUCAUAAAUUUAACUAAAAUAAACAGGGUUUGAAGCCAUGGACAAAGGUAGUCAACAAAAUAUGUAGUUCAUUAUAAUAGAACUUAAAGGAGAAUUAGAGGUACAUACAAAAAAAAAAAAAAGACAAAAACACCCACAGAGAUGUGUCAAGCCAAGGAUUUUGAGUGACUUAGAGGCUAGUUUAUUGCUGCUCUCCUUUCUCCACCCAUUAAAAAAAAUAAAUCAUAACUCUGGCAUGUAGAAACCUAGUCAUGAACAUCAUUUAUUAAUAUAAACUUAAUCCUGUGCUGUUCUUUGGUGGGUGGUAAAAACAUGAACUAACAACAACUGGCCUAAAACAGGAUGAUUCUCUCAAAUACUGGGAAGCCAUAAGGAAAGAGAAACUCCUAAUAUGCUCUUUCACUUUAUUUAUUUUACUGAAGGAUAAAGUCAAAAAGUGGGGAGGGCAGAGCCAAAUCAAAGAAGGACCAGAUGCUUGAAGGAGAUUUUUAAAGUCUUCCUAAAUAUGUACCAGAAGAGGAGAUGCGCUUGGAACCUGGUGUGAUUUUUAUCAAUUUAUUAAUCUGCUCACCUAUUACCACUUCUGGGGGAGGUGGGAAAGCAGGCUGUCUGCCUUCUACAUCCAAAGAGAUCAGGGCAGAGACUUAAGCAUGUUCACAUUCCCUGAGUGUAACUCUGCUGUCCUGGGGCUGGAACCAGUCCACGAAGGUACUGGGUUCAAGCACACGCCUGGCCAAUAACAUUAGGAAUCAUUUAUACUGAAAAUAUGGAUCAGGAGGUACUUAAGAAUUACUGAUUCACAACUAUUAAUCGGGAAUGCAAAUUGCAUUAUUCAGGGGGUGGGCAAAUCACUGAACUGGAACCACAUGAAAAGGCACUUUUUAUAAAAUCUGUGGGGGGAAAUGACAUUGGUGAAAAAUACAAAUGAAAAAUGGGAAAGUAUCAUCUACAAAGAGGAAGAUCCCGUAAAAUGACUGAACAAGGUGGCCUGGUGGCCUUCAACCUGGUGCAUCGAUUCUGUCAGUAAAUAGAUAACUGACAAAGAGGUGAAGCCUUCUAUUUCUAAAACUGACCUAGCAACAAGAGGGAGAAAACACAGAGGAGUACAUUGCCCCGUGGCUCAGGGUGACCCUCACAGGUCGUGUAACUCUAGUGUUAAAAAUGAGGGCACAGAACUAGCGGUUUGUAAUGCGCAGUGAGUGGGCUUUGGAUUCUGAACACUCCUUCAUCUGUGGAGAAUUCAGCAUAUUGUGGAGGUGAACCAAUGUCUCACAUCCCAGGGACAGGGUGUUCUGUAAUCAUAGUUAAGAGGAAAGUCAUCAAAGCACACACCUUUUUCCUUUAUUCCUCAUGAGCUGCAGAGCCAUGGUGGGGAACUCGUGCUCUCUCUGUGCUUGCUGCUAUCUUCCCUGGCUUUCAGUCGGCUUAGCUUUUUCUCUGGAUUUCUAAUGCUGUGAUAGCAGGCCAGGGGGAAAAAAAAGGAAUCUACAAAACUGAAAAACAAAAUACGUAUGUGCCUGAGUGUAUGUGUGUGUGCGCGCGCGCCGGUGGAUUUCGCUGAAGAUAAAUGAAUUGCAACAGUCUAAGCACCAAAUUUUAAAACUUAAAAAGUAUGAGUAAUGGAGUUUUGAAGAAGCGAAAUGUGCUCGAGAGGAGUAUUUAUAGUCCUUUUUCUGUGAGAGGGCCCCCAGACCUCUGGGUGCAUCAGCAAACUGUCCUCCUACCGGAGCGUGCAGCUGCGAUUUGGCCCCAGGCACCACCUACCCAGAGUCACUACCAAAGGCAUUUUACAUUUGCACAGAUAAUAAAAGGGGGGGGGGGGGACGAGAAGGGGCCGCUUUCCCCCUCAGCGUUCCGUGUUUCCUUUUGUCGCGGCCGUCAGCUGACACAUGGAAACUGUGCUGUACGUUUUCCUGCCUUUAAUCUGUAAUUAAGGAUUCCUUGUCUGGGGCUUGCUACUACCUCUUUUCGCCUUCCCUCCCGGCCUCUCGGGUCUUCCGCUCCGGGUCGGGUCUGGCCCCGCCGCCGCAGGCGGGGGCUCGAGGUCGCCCGGCUGGGCCCCGGGGCAGCGGGGACGCGGCGGGGCGCGGGGGCCUCGGCCCGGCCCUGCGCUCGCCCGCCCGGGAGCGCGCGCCCCGGCGCUGCCCCGCCCCGCCCGGUCCCGAUCCCCCUCCUCCCCCCAGCCCCCGCGAGCCUGUGCCCGGCGUCGGGGCCGCUGCGCCAAGGCUGCCCGCAGCGGGACGGGUCGCCCGCGGGUCCCCUGGAAGCCGCCGCCCUCGCCGCUCGUCCUCUCCCCCGCGUCGCGGCGCCUCCGCGGCCGGCAAGCCCGCGCUCCCGUCCUCCGCGGCGCCCUAGAUGCCCUGCGUGGCGCCGUCCGGAAAGAGCGGACGGCGAUCUGCACGUCUCCGGGCGCUAGGAAAGGGGGCAGGGGGGCGACGGUGAGGUCACGGGGUCGUGGCCGAGCCCGCUCGGCUACGUAGAGCCUCGAGGCCGAGGGCCGAGCGAACCCGGGCGGCGGCCGCGCUCACGCCCACGCCGGCGCCCACAGUCGCGGGGAUCCCUUGCAGCCCCGCGCGCUGGCGCGCACCGACACUGACACGCACACCGCCACGCGCGUUCCGGCACUCACGCGCUGCCACGCACACGCGCCGCGUGGCCCACCGCUGCCCUUGCUUGCGCGGGGCGGGAACCUUCCCUGUGGGAGCCCGGGGAAGGCAGCGCAGCUCUUGGCGGGGGGGUGGGGGGGGGGGGCAGGACAGCACUCUCUCCAGUCGUCGAAGUAUUUUACUGAACUGGGUUCCCGGAGUCGGCCGCAGUCCUCAGUGAGACGCUCUGAUGAGGGUGCGCUGAGCAAAAGCAACAGUACUGAUUUCUGUGCCCCCUCCCCUUAAAAAAAAAGAAGAUUAUCUUAAGGAAAAAAACCGAGGAGGGAGUGGGGAUGGGCGCAGACACUCUCCAGGCAGAGAUUCUGGCUAUUAGCUUAAAUUUUCUUCUCCUUCUCUCGUGUAUCCCGACGUGUGAUUUAAAUCCUACCCCAGGCCCCCAGCGCUGUCCUUUUCACUUCUUACCUGUGUUUAGGAUUACCAACUUUGUUUCUCCUCCUAACCAACCACCAAUUGGUUAUUUAGGAGGAGAGGAGAAGAGGGGUUAAGAGGUAUUCAGGCAGGAGAAUAUUUAGAAGCAUCGCGUUUCUGAAACACUUGUAAUUUCGGAAGUUUAAUGUCAUUUUGAGGUUUCUAAAAUUUUUAGAGCCUCCCUGCACUAGUAUUAUUUUUUUCGCAUUCGAUGUUUAUUUGAGUGUACACAUUUAGAAUUGUAUGUGUAAGAGGAAAAAAAUCCCCCUUGUCCCUGGUUUCACCAAUGCCGUUUGCGUUAUCGUCUCUCUUUCCCACCAAUAGAGAUCGUGAGCUAAAGUGGCUUACGCCAUGACCAAAUAGAAGAAACCUUAAUCUGGAGUGUUCAUGACCUCAGUUGCCAUCCAUCUCUCAAGAUUCUACCCACUCUGUUUGAAAUAUUACUUGAAUUGUAGACUUGGAAAUAUGGGUUGAUGGGUUGGUUGGUAGGCUGGUUGGUUAAAAUGUAAGAAAAGCAGCCCAACGGUAAACCGAGGUAGGGGAGGUUGGCCUACAUAAGCCUACCCUUGAAAGGCUGAACCAGAACGCGUGGGAAGUGCAUGGAGAAGAGACUGUCGCUAAACAGUGAUAACCAGGGCUUUCAAAAAUCAUAAAACUGAUUGAAAUAUCCGAUUCAUUAUUUAUUCAUCGCAGCACAACUUUGCAAAUCCAAGAAUAGUGUUUGAAAACCAAGUGCCUUCUAUUUUGUACAUCAACUCAGCAGAUGGGUCUCCCUUUCAAAAUGUAGCUAAAGGGUUAAAGCUGUAGUUUUAGAAAAGUAUCUCAGGAAAUGACAUUAAGAUCUGAUACAUUUCCCUUUAUUUCUGGCAAUAAUAUCCCCCAAAGGAAAAAAAGAAGAUCUACUUAUUGAUAUGAUGAUAAUGUUUCUCGUCAUGAGUACAAGUGUCAGAACGAUUCCUGUUUGUGCAAGUGUUUUUAAAACUGCGAGGACACUUUCACUACUAUGAAAGCUGACAAGCCAAUGAAGGAGAACUUCUUUUAACUCCAUAAUAGCAGGUUACAUAGUAAAUGAACACGAUGGUCAAAGAGCCAAUUAUGGUAUAAAUAUCCGUUGUUUACACAGAGGUGUUAAAUGAGCCUUUGGAGUACAAAGGAUUAGGCCCGUCUAAGCUACCAUUUGUUCUUCAACCUAUUAUGUCUUUCCUUUAAAAGGCCAGUGCCACUGUAGGUAAUAUGCACACACAACGUACUUCUCUAUGUUGAUUUUAGUUUGCUUUAUUUCAAUGCACACUGUUGUUUACUUUUUAAAAUUUAAAUAAAUGUCAGCAUUGUAUAAUUUCUAUGUUAACAAAGCAGUGAGCAAAAUCCCUUGUAUGUUUAUAAAAUAUUAUUGUUUAAUUCACAUAGUUUAGAAAUUCCAAAUGUUGAGAAUAGGAAGGAGGCCAAAUACCAUCUGUUUAUAACUAUGAUGCAUCGUAAUAUGUGUACUUUUAAAAGGAGUUUGGUCAAUCAUGCCACUAUUUUAUCUGCUCGGAAUAUGUUGAAGAUUUAAAAUGUAAUUUACGGGAUUACUUUUAGUGCAUGGCGUCCAACUGUGAGUUGUAAAGAAA